UGCUGUCUGGUGUGUGCGUAUCGAAACACGGCCUAAUGAAACAUCAAGUUCGAAAAAAACAGUAUAUAACUUAGCGCGGAAAGGUGAAGAACGAGUUCCAGUGUGAUUUUGUGGUUCGACAACAAAACAGGCCUGCUGUUUUUUACUCAAGUGGUAAACUCGGUUCAUUGUCUAGAUUGUCUAUCGCAGAGUUUUAAACGUUGCUUUCAGAACAAUUCAACCUGUUGUCGAUGAACCUGUUAUGUACGCUGUAGUUUUCUUGAAUAACGAAGUCACGCGUUAUCGCGUCGUGUGCGAGAUAUCCACGAAAAUUGCGUGAAUAUUUGAGACAGCAAAAUUGUACACUACGGAUAUCUUUUUUUAUUUCGACCGUGCAAGUCGCACAGUGAUCUGUGUUCCUUGAAUUUUGAGAAGUUGUGAGUUUAAGGCAAGUAAGAAUGACUGAGGAAACUCAACAAUCCGAAAUUGUUGGUCAAAACGACGUUGGUGCUGUGCAGAAUGACACGCAGACGAAUUCGUCAGAUGUCGGGAAAGUUAGAGACAAUAAAAAAGAAAAGUGUCGUCCUAUGACAAAGGUAGUAAUCAGGCGACUGCCUCCGACAAUGACACAGGAACAGUUUCUAGAACAGGUCUCUCCACUGCCAGAACAUGAUUACCUGUAUUUUGUGAAGGCUGACUUGUCCCUUGGUCAAUUUGCAUUUUCCCGUGCUUAUAUCAAUUUCACAGACCAACAAGAUAUUUUUUUGUUCCGGGAGAAAUUCGAUAAUUAUGUGUUCAUAGACUCCAAAGGUGUGGAACAUUCUGCAGUAGUAGAGUUUGCACCUUUCCAAAGACUAGCAAAGAAACGACACGGCAAGAAAAAGGAUCUCAAAUGCGGCACUAUUGAGAGCGAUUCGUAUUAUAUAAGUUUUCUAGAAAGUUUAAAAAACCAGGAAAUCGAUUCAAAUAUAGCACAAUCCAAAACCGAGUAUUCUUACCAACCACCAGAUAAUACAACAAAGAAGAUCACAACGACCCCGCUGCUCGAAUAUCUAAAGCAACGUAAACAAGAGAAGCAACGUCUCAGAGAUGAAAAGAGAGAAGAAAGGCGGAGGAGGGAUCUGGAGAGACGGAGAACGAAAGACGAUCCUAUUAUCUCUAAGCAAACGCACAACACAGAAGUCGAUAAGUCACCCAAGCUCACCAUAUUACGCCCCGCGAAAAUCCAAUUGGAAGAUUUGUUGCUUCCAAAGUUUGUCGAAAAUGCAAGUAUAUGCGAAUAUGGAGGAGAGGUGUAUCACGAUAGACGUGCGCACAAACGAGCGCAAGAAAAAUUCGACAAGAUUCAUCAGAAAUCUAACGAGCGCGUUAAUAAGCCUAAAUUGAUUCGAAAUAUGAACAAUAUCAAGAAAGAAUAUCCAUAUGGCGAUAAACGGGUUAACGACAAAAAUCAUUUUUUCCUGCACAAAGACAAUCAUGUUCUGAAGAAUCCAGAUCUGGACAGAGAGUCCAGUAAAGAUGACAAAGAGAAUAAGGACGAAAGGGAUAAGCUUUCGCCGAAGGACCUAAAGAACAGAAAUAAGAGAGACGAUAAAGUGCGGGAGAAGUCGUCGCGAGAUCGAGAGACCAAACCCAUUAUCAAGGGCUAUAGAGAGCGAGUCGACGAGAGGAACAAAGAUCGUGAAAUCAAGCAAAGACGGUACGACGAGAAGAAGCUCUACGGGAGACGCGACGAGAGAGAGAGCGUAAAGGAGGAUAAGAGAAUUGAUAUGAGAGAUGACAAGAGGUACGAGACGAAGGAAGACAGGAAAGUGGAGGAGAAACGCGGUAAGAGUUACGAGAAGAUGAGACAGGAAAAGAAAAAGCUGGCAGAAACAAAGAAGCAGAUGGCUGAUGCCAAUGUGAAUGAAGCUAGUCCAAAAAAGGUGAAAGAGGAACAUGAUAGUGUGCAAGAGAUCGAGGAUAUCAGUGAAUACAUCCAAGAGGGUACGCACGACGACGACGACCUCAAGCAUGUCAGAGACAACGAACGUGUGCAACGCAACGUCGCCGAGGAUAGAGUAACUAUCGAAGAUGCAUCGGAAAGUCGUCGGAAUGGCGCGGAACGAGGAAACAGUGUGGACAACGCAGAUGCGAACGAGGACGGGUCAGAAUCGAAGAUUGAAUCAAAAGUCGUGAAAAGACGAAGCUCGCUCGAAAGCGGCGGCGAAGGUGGCACUGGUGACGGCAGCUGUUUGAGGCGUCACAAAUCGUUAGACGGAGGAGGCCAAAGCAAUCUGCAGAAGAGCGAAAGCGAAGAGAAAGAGAAGGAUAAAAAAGAUCCACGAUUGGAGCGUAGGAUAAGAAAUAAGGACCGUCCGGCGAUGGAGAUCUACCGACCUGGCAUGGGCAAGUUCAGCAAACAGAGGUUGGAACGCGAGAAAUCGAAUAACGACGAACGAGCAUCUCUCUCACAAAGCCCCACGCCGAAUCCCGGAGCGUCUACGAGUGGAAAGCCCGGGAAAACCGCAACGGAAGUGCGCUCGAUGACAUUUAAACGCAGCUUCAGUCGAGAUGUGGCGUAACGAAUCUCCCCACGCACAUUUCUCUCUAUCUCAUACAGAGUCUAACCGUGCUGUUGAGGAACCUGAAGAAACUGCAGUCAUGGUCGAUCGUUUUACAGCAACUUCACCAAUUUUAUAUCUUACCGUAAAUAAUGUCCUUCCCCCUCGCUGUACCAUAGAAGACCUGUCGCGUUACGUGGUUAAAAACAUGUUCUACCACACACGUAUGCGAAAUGAACAUACCUUGAUGCACACGCUCCCCAUCGUAUCUAGUUUUCCGUUUUUGCGUCUCUAUUCCACAAGAGAUGCGAGUUUAUAAACUGUGAUGUUGUUUGUCGUUGACAAAUCAAUAAAUGCAACAUAUACUCUA